GCCAUCAGGACCUUCCCGGUGAAGAGGGCGGCCAUGGACGGACGAGGCUGACUGAUCUGGUGGGAUGGACCGAACCCACCGUUCCCGCAUGCACCCCGCGGGGGUCUGCGCCGCCUCCCUGGGCUCCCUGGGGCUCCUGCGGUUCCUGGGCGCUCCCUGGUCCUGGAGCUUGGCCGCCACCUUGGGCGUCUGCCUGGGCAGCGGGGGAUGGCGGCUGCUGCGGCUGGUCUUCAGGACGGCUCCGCGGGACCUCUUCGGCCUCUCGGUGCUGUUACGAGUCAAGUACAAGUUGCGAAGGCAUCAAAAAGCCAAAAGCACCAUCCCCAAGAUGUUCCAGGAUGUUGUCCGCAGGCACCCCGACAAAGUGGCCCUGAUUUAUGAAGCCACCGGUGAGCAAUGGACCUUCAGGAGGCUGGAUGAGUACUCCAACGCUGUGGCUAACUACUUCUACCAGCAAGGUUUCCGUCUGGGGGACGUCAUCGCCAUCUUUAUGGAGAGCCGUCCCGAGUUUGUUGGCCUCUGGCUAGGGAUGGCGAAAAUCGGCAUUGAGGCGGCUCUGAUCAACUUCAAUUUGCGCUUGGAUUCUCUGGUUUACUGCGUGACGACUUCGGGCGCGAAAGCCGUGAUCUUCGGAGGGGAGCUGUCUUCAGCAAUAUCUGAAGUGAAUGGGAUGUUGGGGAAGAACAUGGCAAAAUUCUGCUCUGGCUACUACAACCCGGAUGUUGUUCCUGUGGAGACCAGACAUCUUGAUCCUCUUCUGAGUACUGCAUCGAAAUUGCCCCCAACUCAGAUUCCAGUCAAAGGUUUAGAUGAUCGACUCUUCUAUAUCUACACUUCAGGAACAACAGGAAUGCCCAAAGCUGCCAUUGUGGUGCACAGCAGGUAUUACCGGAUCGCUGCCUUUGGUUACUACGCCUACAAAAUGCACCCGGAGGACAUCCUCUACAACUGCCUCCCCCUCUAUCAUUCCGCAGGUAACAUCAUGGGAGUUGGGCAGUGUCUGAUCCAUGGCCUCACCGUGGUGAUCAGGAAGAAGUUCUCGGCCAGUCGCUUCUGGGACGACUGUACAAAAUACAGAUGCACGAUUAUUCAGUAUAUCGGGGAAAUCUGCAGGUAUCUUCUGAAUCAGCCGGUCCGAGAGUCAGAAACCCAACACUGUGUGCGGCUGGCGGUGGGCAAUGGUUUGAGACCCACCAUAUGGGAGGACUUCACAAAGCGCUUCCGAAUUAAGCAGAUUGGAGAGUUUUACGGAGCCACGGAGUGCAACUGCAGCAUUGCCAACUUGGAUGGAAAGGUCGGUGCCUGUGGUUUCAACAGUCGGAUUUUGCCCAAUGUUUAUCCCAUCCGUUUGGUGAAGGUAAACGAGGACACGAUGGAGCUGAUCCGGGAUUCUGGUGGGCUGUGUAUCCCCUGUCGCCCAGGAGAGCCGGGAUUGCUCGUCGGUCAGAUAAAUCAACAGGAUCCCCUGCGUCGGUUUGAUGGCUACGUCAGCGAAAGUGCCACCAACAAGAAGAUCGCUUACAACGUGCUUCGGAAAGGGGACCAGGCGUACCUUUCAGGAGACGUGUUGGUGAUGGACGAACUGGGUUACAUGUACUUCAAAGAUCGCAGCGGGGACACCUUCCGAUGGCGAGGAGAGAACGUCUCUACCACAGAGGUGGAAGGAACGUUGAGUCACAUCCUCAACCAGACGGAUGUUGCGGUGUAUGGAGUGGAAGUACCAGGGGUGGAGGGCAAAGCUGGGAUGGCGGCGAUCGCGGAUCCCAAAGCUAAAGUCAACCCCAACGUCCUGUACCAGGAGCUGCAGAAGGUGUUGCCUCCCUACGCCCGGCCCGUCUUUCUCCGGCUCCUACCCCAGGUUGACACCACAGGUACGUUUAAGAUUCAGAAAACCCGCUUACAGAGGGAAGGAUUCGACCCCCACCAAACCUCAGAUCGGUUGCAUUUUUUGGAUCUAAAGUUGGGAAAAUACGUUCCUCUGGAUGAAUGCCUUUAUGAAAGGAUUUGUUCUGGAAAAGCUGCUUUAUGAUCUAGUCGGAUUCAGCCUUUUUCGAGGGAAAACGAUGACUAAUUGGAGGGACAGGAGGCUGGUGGAUUCCUUACGCUCGGGGGCAGCCUCUCCCUCCCCUGAAGCACAUUUAACCCCUCACCCGCUCCCUCCCCGAGCGCUGACAUCCUAUUAACCUGCCCUUACGCCUCUAGAGAGAGUAUUUUUAUAACCACUACCUGCUUAGGGAGGA